AUGGAGACCAUUGAAGAAGGACCCGUGACUCUAGCCGAGAAAUGGGAGGCCAAUCGCCAUAUCCGAAACCGGAUCCGAUCCAAGGGUAUGCUCGUUGUGUGGCCUAAACCUGAGCUCGUUGGAAAGCCGACCGUGGCUUCCAUAUCCUUGAACAUCCACGCCCUUCGUAUUUUGGCAGAGGAUUGGUGCCCCAAGCAAUCUGGGCCUAAGAGUCCUAGUGUUCAUGCAGUGAGGAAGGAGGUCGCAGCUCUACGUGCAAUCUUUCAGCUUCCAAACGACCCUGCAAUUCUCCAUGCAGAUGCCUGGGGGUUGAAGAAGUUGUUCAGCUACGGGGAUGCUGCCGUGAACCCCUUCUAUGAAGUGAUCUAUUCCUUUUGGAGUGUGAGGUUGAAGCCAGAACAUGCCAUUGAGAUCUUCGUUGUGGACAGCGGUGACGAGGAGAGUGAUUUCAGUGCUUUCAUGACUGUGAAGUCGGAUCCUUAUGGCAUGGCCAGUCCUGGGAAAAACUCAAAGGUGAAGAGCCAGCUGAAAGUGGAAGAUGCCUCGCUCAACCAUGAUGAUAGCGACUGCCAACUGGUCAUGAUGGAGCCAGUGAGUUCUCUUGAAACACCUCAGAAACAAGCAGAGGAAGGGCUGGCUCAACCGCCUGUGACUUCUGGGCUCUCAGUUGCUGAGAUGAUGGAGAGGGCGAAAAAAGUACGGUGUCUUCUUGCCAAGAGGGCUGCUGCCAAAGCUGUGGGCGAUACUGCCGACACACAGCCGCUGGAUGCAGUGUCUUUCAAAGCUUUGGCGGAGUCAUACCAGCCACCAGCACUGCCACCUGUCAAGCGCUUUGAGGAGACUGACGACCAUGUGCUGCAACGCUCCUUGCAGACAGAGUUUGGGCGGGCUGAUGCAGCAGGCGAAGCUGAGCCUUUGCAAGGUGGCCAUAUGUCAGUUGCAGGGCGGAUCAUUGCUGGCCAGCCGCCGGUGGAAUGUGAGCAACUUGAUGAGAAGCCAUCCAUGGACAUUGCGGAGAGCUUGCCUGCGCCUGGCUCUGACCUUGAGGAUCCGUAUGACUUCUUCAACAAGGAUUCCGGACAUGCUAGUAGUGAGGAUUUGGAGAGCUCUGCUUCUGUUCAGGGCAAUGCCGAGGCUGAAGUUCUUUCAAUGUCAGCAGAGCCUGUGAUUGGAAAUGAAGUCUUUGAUCCACUUGCCCAUUCCCAGCCGGGUUCUACUGCCAUUGUGGAUGAUGAACCAUUGGCACCUUCUGCCAUUGCUGAGGGCGAAGAACGUCAUUCCGGUGCCCCACUCGAAGCCAUUGCUGCUGACUCUGAUGAUGCAAUGCCUUGUGCUGAGGUCCCUGACCCGUGUGAAGAACAGGAAGAAGCUUCAGUUUGUGCCAAGCAAGCCAGCUCUGGCCAUGCUGGUGCGCCUUCCGCUGUCACUGAGUCUGAGGCUCCAAGCUCUUCAAAGGCUGAAGAGAGUGGUCAGUUUGGAGCAGAAGAUGGUGAAGACCUUCCAGAACCCGAGCCAGUGAGCAGGAAAAGCCAAUUUGAGUUGAAGAAGGAGGUAAAACCCAAGGCGAAAGCCAAGGCAAAGGCUAAGUCCAAAGCCAAGGCUCAGGCCAAGAGGGCAUGUGCCAAGCGUCGUGGUCGACCAGGUCGAGGGCAUGCGUGUGAGAAGGCGGAUGCUGAGAUGGUCAACCUGUGCUCUGAUGCUGAGGAUUUGGAGAUCAAGGCCGAGGAGACCGAGGAGCAGGAGGAACAGCCCAAGGCCCCAAAGCCCAAGCGUCAGGCGAAGCGAAAGGCGGAGGCGCUUCCAGCGGUGGCAGAGGAGGGCAUGGAUGAUGACAAAGUUGUUUGGGGACCUGUUUCAACACAAGGUAUAGAAGACUUUGAAAAACAUUGGACGGCCCAGGACCAGAACAUCAAGAAGCAGUCCACGGUUGACGCGGAGGACAAGGACAAGCGUGGUGGCAUUGAGGAGCAAUGUCAACAGCAAGAGCCAACUGGUGCUGAUGCUGCGCCUCGGAACGCCUUGAAGAGCUUUGCGCGCCGCCCGUGCCCCAAAACAUCGCCAGCAAAGGCGAGAUGGCUUGCUGUUCGGGACGUGUUUGAGAGCGCUAUCAAGCCAAUUCUCGAGGAGGUGGGUUUCAAGACUUCUCCUGUAGAGGCAAGGUUUUGA